UGCAAUCAUGAGCCUUUGGUUUUCACCCGCAUGCCCCCCAACCCUCCUUCCCUGCCUCCUUCUUCUUCUUCUUCUUCUUCUUCUUCUUUCUCUCUCUCUCACCCACCUAUAAAUCUCAUCCCCACCCCACUUCUCUCUCUCACCUGUAGUUCCUCACUCCAUCUCUUUCUCUCUCUCUCUCUCUCUCUCUCUCUUUCUCUUUCUCUUUUAAUCUCUCACACACACUUUCUUUGUCAUAUUUUCUUACUAUCCAAAUACACUCUCUGAAAUAUUAAUUCAAAUGGCUGUGUCUGGUUUUGAAGGCUUCGAGAAGCGUCUAGAGCUUCAUUUCUUCGGAGAUGAUCCAGAGGAAGUCAUGGGUUUAAGACUACUCAACUUUGAUUCCCUACAGCAAGUCCUACAUGCUGUUCAAUGCACCGUGGUCUCAGCCGUUGGUAACCACUACUUCGACUCCUACGUGUUAUCGGAAUCGAGCCUCUUCGUCUACCCAACCAAGAUCAUCAUCAAAACCUGUGGGACCACCCAGCUCCUGAAAUCGAUCCGGCCGUUGAUCAACCACGCACGCCAUCUGGGGCUCACCUUAUGUUCUUGCAGGUACACCAGAGGGAACUUCAUCUUCCCAAAAUCUCAACCGUUUCCCCACACGAGUUUCAAGGACGAAGUCAUCUACUUGGAAGAUUGCUUGCCCAGCAAUCUUUGCUACCGAAAGGCUUCGGUUAUGCCUUCGAAGAGUGGGUCCCACUCUUGGCAUGUCUUCACUGCCGCUGACAAUGGCCUCAUGAUGAUCCACCACCAUUUGCCUCCUCCUCAUCAGGAGCUUUUCACCUUUGAAAUCUGCAUGACUGAGCUCGACCGUGUCUCCGCCGCCAAGUUCUACCGCCGUGCCGGCGAUGGCAAAUCCGGCGAUUUAGCCGGUAAAGAGAUGACCGAGCUCACCGGCAUCGGGAACAUUAAUCCUUCUGCUCUUAUUUGCGAUUUCGGUUUCGAUCCUUGCGGUUACUCGAUGAAUGGGAUCGAUGGAGAUCGGUAUUCCACCAUUCAUGUGACCCCCGAAGAUGGUUAUAGCUAUGCCAGUUUUGAAUGUGUAGGUUCUGUAUACGACGACCAUGAAGAUGUCGUUCAGGUUUUGAAGAAGGUCGUUCAAGUUUUCCGACCGGCUACCAUGUCUAUAUCGACGACUUGUUCUAGCCACGAGGUUUGGACAUGUGUCGCGGGUGCGGUUGAGUCUUUGGGAUUGAAAUGCCGGAGUUGCACCGUGGAUGAGUUUCCGGCGGCCGGAAAUGUGGUGUUUCAGACAUUCACAGCACGUCGGAAGUAGUCGAAAAAAUUACCCCAAAAAAAAAACAAAAAAAAAAAAACUUUUGGCCGGAAACGGUGAUGUUGGUUUGGUAAGUAGAUAAGGAAAGAAGUAGAGAAAGAAUGGAAUAUUCAGCUUAGGCUUAGUUGAAAAUUUUUAGGACCCCAAAAAAAAAAAAAAAAAAAAAAGAUGUAGAAGGUGAUGAUGAUGUGGAAGAUUGUUAUUGGUUAAUGAGGAUGAUGAAUAUGGUGUUGAAAAACAAAAAAAGUUUCUAAAAAAAAUAAAAAAAAAAAAGUGGGAGAGAGAGAGAGAGAGAGAGAAAUGGGAAAUUAGGGAAAUUUGUUUUUAUGAGGAUGGAAAUGGAGGAUGUUGGAGGGUGGUGUAGUAGGGGAUUCACCAUGAAAUGAUAAUGCACCCCACUUAGGCUUGUCACGCCUAAAAGAAUUUUUGAGGUGUUUUUGUGUAAGUGGGGGGUGGAGAGGUUUUUUUUAUAAAAGUGCUCGUUUGGUUGAGGAGGUUAUGUGAAACUUUCUUUCUUUUUCUUUUUUUUCUUUUCCUUUUUGUUUCUUCUUAUGUUUUUAAUUUGUUUCUCCUUAACUAGAUUAUUAAAGAACAAUUCACACAUUUCAUUUCAAA